UUUAUCAAUAAUUGUGUUGAUUUUUGAUUGAAAUAAAUAUUGUUCUGCUUGCACUCUGCCAUACACUGUCAUUGUUAAAAGUAAAUAAAAGAAUAUCCAAAAAGGAGUCAUUGAUUCAAAUGAUUGAUUCCAUUUACGUUUUUACUAAGGGUGGUGUAAUUCUUUGGUCAAAAAAUAUCACAAAAAAUUUUAGCGCAACCUCGCUGACAAUUGUUAAUAAUCUCAUUCAAAGUGUGUUUUUACAAGAAAAGUUUUCUACACAAGGAGCCUAUGCAACCUAUACAAUCAAUGAUUUUAGUGUAUCAUGUGAAUUAUUGAACUCUAUUCAAAGUGUGAUGAUUUGCAUAACAAGCGGAACACUAGAAAGAAUUUUCGUGCAUCGAUUCCUAGAGUAUUUUAGCAAACAAUUUUUGGAAAACGUUUCUGCAGUGUACUCUAAACAAUUAAAUACUGCAGCGGUCACUUCAAGAGGAGACGCUGCUGAAACCGCACUUCAAACAGGCCUGUGGUGUUUGUUGAAAUCUGAACCCCUCAAUUCAACUCUUCAUUAUAAUGUUAAUCAUAUAUUGAAUCAUUUAGGAGCCAUAAUUGACUUGAAACCAAAAAACAUCUCCUCUUCAGAGCCUAAUAGAGGAAAAAAGAAGGAUGAGGAAAAUACCAUACUAGAAGAAAAAUGUUUGGCGCACGACAUGAAAAGAAAAAAAAAACCGACAUUUUGUGGACCUCAAAAAGUCACAAAAAAAGCAAUGCUUCAUUUAGAUUUCUCCAAUAAGCCUGAGGAAACAAAUGGAAAUGCAAAGAAUGCAGAAUCUAAUGAAAUUCAAGCUGUUUCCUCAUCUUUUUUGGAUUCCUCCUCGUCGGAUGAUCAAUCAGAAACAAAAAGUUAUUUCACCACAAAAUUUUUCAGUCAAAUGAAAGAUUCCAUUCAACAGUCUUUCACAGGAAACAAAGUGCUAACAAAAAACGAUCUUACAAUUCUUUUAGAAGAAAUGAAAACUAAAUUUUUAAGUCGAAAUGUUGCUGCAGAUAUGGUUUCUCAAUUGAUUGGUUCAGUGGAAGAAUCUCUCAUAGAGACGAAAACAAAUAGUUUCCAAUCUGUCAAAACCGCUGUUUAUGACGUUUUUCAUGCAACCCUUGAGCGAAUUCUUUCUCAGCAAUGUAUAAGAGACGUCUUGAAAGAGAUAGCAGUAGCAAAAGAAAAAGGUCACGUGUACUCUAUCUGUUUUUUGGGAGUUAAUGGUGUUGGGAAAAGCACAAGCCUGGCUAAAGUUGCAUAUUAUUUAAAACGCAAAGGAAAUUUAAAAGUGAUGUUAGCUGCUUGCGAUACGUUUCGUGCUGGUGCAGUAGAACAGUUGAAAACCCACACAAAAAAUCUGGGAAUUCAUUUAUUUGAGCAAGGUUAUGGGAAAGACGCAGCUUUACUGUGUAGUGCAGCAUUGAAAUACGCUCAAACUAAUGCUUAUGAUGUGGUUUUAAUUGAUACUGCGGGAAGAAUGCAAGACAAUGAACCUCUGAUGCGAUCGCUUUCUAAACUAGUAGCUUUUAAUACACCCGAUCUCGUGCUAUUUGUUGGAGAAGCUUUAGCGGGAAAUGAUUCUAUACAUCAAUUAACCAAAUUCAAUCAAUGCCUUAUAGAUUACGCUCCAACGAAUAUUCAACAUCCUCGAGGAGUCGAUGCUAUAUUUUUAACCAAAUUUGAUACCGUUGGUACAAAGGUUGGCACUGUUUUAUCUUUAGCGUACGUCUCGAGUUGCCCCAUUGCCUUUGUUGGAACUGGUCAGCGUUACACCGACAUUCAGAAACUUAAAGUGCAUUCUGUGGUUACGUCUCUUUUAAGUGAUAUAUAGUGUGUUACCGUCAAGAAAAAAGCGUCUGCAAUACACUGUACAGUGUAGUACCGGGGCAUGCUUAUGAUCCAAUUAUUUUCACGUAAAUAAAAAUAUUUGAGAUUCUAUCCUUUAUGUCACGGUUUUUCUAAAAUAACGAAUUAGUAAAAAAACAGUACUGUUCUUUCUUGUAACAUUCCGUUUAAAUCAACAACAGAGAAAAAAAAAAUAUAUUUAACAAAACAAACUUUUAAGCGAGUUUGUAACACUCGUUCUUUUCCGUCCGUUUUUUACCACACACUAUAAAGUGAAAAGGGAUUUGUUUAAAUAUAUUCAAAUGUCAACUUUAAAAUGACUUGUUGAGCACAAGGGAAAAUUCAUACAACAGUGAAGCAUUAUUAUGUGUGUUUAUUACUAGGCCAUGUCGUGAUUUAAAAGUGUUAUACUUGGAGUUUUGAAUCAACAA